AGUAGUAGUAGUAGUAGUAGUAGUAGUAGUGGUAGUAGAAAGCCCCUUUGACAAGUAGUAUGCUAAUGUAACAGUCAACCCGCUUAACUUCGCCAUAGUUAAAGAAAUCGUUAAAAUAAUUCGGUUAACAUGCGAGUGUUUACGGUAAUGAUAGAGUUCCUCCUCUUCUUUUUCUUCUUUUUCUUCUUAAUCUUCAUCAUCAUCUUCUUUUUCUUCUUCAUCUUCUUCUUUUUCAUCUUCUUCCUUUUCAUCUACUUCUUCUGUUUCUUCUUUUUCUUCAUCAUCAUCAUCUUUUUCUUUUCACCUUUUUCAUCGUCAUUAUCAUUUUCUUCUCCCUCCUCUUCUUCGUUUCGUCUGCAUCGCGAGUUAACGGUAGUGAUACACAGUUCCUCUCCCUGCUGUAAGGUGUCCAUCAAUACCGAGCCAAGUAUUCAAUAUCUUUUAUCCACUGUGCUCUCCUUUCUUCUUUGCAGAAGACGUCCUCAGCCAUGCUCAUCCACAGCCUCGCCCUGGAUGGCCGCCCCGACGAUUCCACGGUUCUCCUUCUGCCUCGCCUGGCCGCCGCCCUUAACACUAACGCUACUAUCAAUGGCAGCGGCGUGGGCGGCGUGGUGUGCAUCGGGGAGUGCGCGGCGCUGGCCUCCUUCAGCCUGUGCCUGUGGGUGAACCUGCUGCUCAAGAUGCCGGCAAGCGGGGUGAUCAGCUACUUUAUCAGCAACUACGUCCACAACGCUCUCAACAUACGGUUGGACGACCAGAGGUUCACCGUCGGCUACAUGCAGGACGGGCACUCCGCAGCAGGGGUGUUGUCGCCGCGCGCCUGGCACCUGCUGUGCCUGGUGCGCCGCGGUGACACCACCACCUUCACCCUGGACGGCCGCCACGUCCUGGACAUCGGCUCCCCCCUGCCGCUCAUCCUCAACGGAAGCCUCGUCCUCGGCAACGACCAGGACAAACUCGACGGCGGCUACACCCCCACGGAGGCCUUCCUCGGGGAGAUAGCGUGGCUGGGGCUGUGGGACGUCGCCCUCACCCCCGGGGACCUGGAGGCCCUGCUGGCGUGUCGCCCCGCCGGCCGGCCCCCCAUCACCCCCGCCCGCCCGCCCUGGCUUGUGCGCGGACACAUCACCACGCGCGAAGGUAACCCUUGCCAGGAGAGAGACGCCCCCAGCACCAUGCACGUGCUGGCGCCUGCACCGUACAGCGUUGCCAAGGACUUCUGCCACAAACUCGGAAUGUCGCUCCCGCUGCCCGACUCCGCCGAGGCAUCCCGGCGCCUGGGCGGGGCUCUGGAAGCAUUCACCACUGACGGCUGCGUCUCGCCCAACGCUGCGCUCAGCUUCCUGUGGAUAGCGGCCGAGUACCGCCCCGAGGAGGGCCGCUGGGUGGACGGCCGCAGCGGGGAGGAUCUUCCCUACCGGCCCACGGACCUGACAUCGCCCGUUGACAGCGUGGCCCAUGCUGUGAUAGGUCCCACAGGGGUGUGGGUGAACCCCAUCGAAGAGGAGCAUUGCUUCCUGUGUGAGGGCGUGCUUAAGGAAGGCUCCCACUUGCUGUGGGGGUUGUGUCGUGCACCGCUGUACUUCUGGCCCCGCACCCAGCCCACGGGCAGCAUGUACUGGCACGGGCAGGCGGGAGUGUCGCUGGUGCAGCGCGGCGGCCUGUGGGUGCUGCGCCAGGACUCGGGCGGCCGGGUGGUGGCCCAAACGGAGAGCCGCGGGCUGCCCUUUGGCCGCCGCUUGUGGGAGGUCCUCAACGUCUCGCUGUGUGAUGCACCCGCUGCCUCAACAACGGGGGUCGCGCCCCUGUCUCUGAGCGACUGCCGCGAGGGCUUCUUCAGCUGCUGGGAGAGGGGCUGCGUGCCCAUGGACAAGCGCUGCUCCCUGACGCCCGAUUGCCUCGACGCCAGCGACGAACGGAACUGCCAGCUGGUUCACCUGCGGCCCGGGGAGCGCCACCACCUCCCGCCACACUCCCUUGCCUUCACGCUGGACGCCUCACUCAGGCUCAGGAAGGUGUCAGUGGCGGGGACGCAAACCGGGCCGGGGGUGCUGCGGGCAUCGGUGGACGGGGAGAUCACGUGGCGCGACACCAGACUCGACUUCCACAACCUGCAGCAGGAACAGGACCUCAACGCCGUGGACCUGGCGCUGCCCGUGUGGCGCCCCGCCCUUCAGGUGGUGGGGGAGGCGCGGCUGGCGGGCACGGUGGCGCCCCGGACAAGGCUGCUCGUCUCAAGGGAUGCCAACGGGACUGUUAUUGGCUUCGAGACGGUGUAUAAAGGACGAGACAACCGCUUGGUACUGCUGGUGGAGGUCGCGGCGCACGUGUCCUGCCCGUUCAACCUCGGCCGCUACCCCUUCGACAAGCAGGCGUGCAGUAUGACGCUCCACCUAGCGAACCUCCCGGAGCAGCACGCACGCUUCAGCCCCCACGCCCGCACCCACGCCUGCCCGCGCAACACCAUGGUGGAGUUUGUACUGGAGGACUGCACGCUUCACCUUCAGAAUGGGUCUAAUGUGGUGCGCCUGAACAUGGUCCUGCGGCGCCGAUGGUCGUACCACCUGUGGGCCACCUACGUCCCCACGGCCCUGCUGCACCUCGUGGGGUACGGGACCCUCACCGUACGGACCGAAGACUUCCAGAGCCGCGGCAUGCUGAGUCUCCUUGCCAUGCUGGCCUUGAUGGGGCUCUACUCCGACACCCUGGCCGCCCUGCCCUCCUGCUCCUACCUCCGCCUGCUGGACGCCUGGCUCCUCUUCAGCGUCGCCUUCCUCGCCGGCGUCAUCGCCGUGCACGUGGCCGCCAAUGACCCGCGCCGCGCCGCCUCACACGUCAUCCUCCGCCUCGGCAGAGCUGUCCUCGCCGUCCUCUACUGCAGCUUCAUCGCCGCCUACUGCCUGCUCCUGGCCGCCACGCGCUGAGCCGCUGCUGUAAGGUAUUCCCGGAGUCAACCCUGGAUCUCAUCGUCGAAAACAGCCACGACAAGACCUAAACGGAAACAACAGUAACACUAACCUGUGCCCUGCCAAAAGAAGGAAAGCAGUGGAACUGUUAUUGUGGUGCUGCACCCAAAGAACACAGCUGUUAGCGGUGUACUUGAUAAUGUAAAUUUCUAGUGAACCAGUGAGGCGAAGUAAAAAUUAGCAACUUCGAUUUCCAAAUAUCCCCCGAGAAGCCUGUUCAAAGGCAGCUCAGAAGAGUGAAGUUUCUAUGCGAAAACACAAAUUUAGAACAAUUUAAUAAGGAUUUUGUUAAAAACGUGAAUGUUUUAACUUGAAAGAAUAUCCUUAACCGUCCUUCUGUUUUUAUUACUUUUGUGGAACGGAACUUUUCAAAACAUAGAGGAAAAGUUCCUUUACUUACAUUACUAUUUACUCAAUAUACAUGUGACGUUUGCACUUCUAUUUAAUUUAUGGGGAAAACAAAACAUGAUCUCUAAUUAGUGUUAAUACGGAUAAAGUAUCCAAGAAAAGUACACUUUCUAUUCAUAUUAAUCGUUUACAUCUUCAGUGUUUUAGCUGCACAGUAUUGUAUCUCCGACAAAUAAAGAAAUGUUCCAGU